UGUUUCGGGUUUUAGGUCACGUGACUGCCGCUUCCAACAUGGCCGCGACCUGGAAUGGCCUGUUCUGCGCGCUGCUCUGCUCGACUUUACCUCAGAUCGUCACGAAUAACGCUGAUGGCUGUGCAGACCUCCGUGUGGGACAGUAUCUUUGCAAAAGCCCUAAAAUUGAUGAUGCAACUCAAGAGCCAGAAAAUUGCAAGGAUCUUCUGGCAUGGGUGGAAUGCCUUCCUGCACCUAACAUCACCUGUUUGCUGUCAAAUGGGACCAAGUUCAGAUUCAGUGGGGAGGAGGUUGGAUUUAAUAAAAGUGUACCAUGUCGUAAUGUGACUGGUUAUUCCUACAAAGUAGCUGUUGCUUUGUCACUGUUUGUGGGUUGGCUGGGUGCAGAUCGUUUCUAUUUGGGCUAUCCAGCUCUAGGACUGCUUAAGUUCUGCACGGUGGGUUUCUGUGGAAUUGGAAGCCUGGUAGACUUCAUACUGAUAUCCAUGCAGAUUGUAGGUCCGUCUGACGGGUCAGAUUACAUCGUAGACUAUUACGGGGCACGGCUCACGCGACUCUCCAUAACCAACGAGACCUACAGGAGAACGCAGAUAUCUCCGUGAGCAGGGGGAACACGGGACUGAUAUCCAGGAUUGUGUCCUGUAAAUCUCUGCUUUUCCUUUUUCCAAAUGGGAAGAUGCAAGGACACACCAGACGUGUGUGUGUGUGUGUGUGUGUGUGUGUAAAGAGUUAGGGCUGCUAGGGGCUGUAAAUAUGGACAUUGAGCUUAUUAGCCCUGCUCCCUCCAUCUCUCCUCUCUGCUCCCUCCGUCUCUCCUCUCUGCUCCCUCCAUUAUAUCUUCCCUCUUCCUGUUAUGAAAUGUAAAAUGAAAUUCAUCUAUUUAUGUUCCUUUGUAAUAUAUUCACUGCAGCACAGUUAAGAUCCAAGAUGUUUUUGUUGUGUUUUAAUUUUGCCACUUGGAACAGUGUAAGUAAAGUUUUACUUCCAUGGAACA